UAAACAUUGUUUUCGUAUUUGUCGAAUGCUAUUAAAUAUUUUAAUUGAUUUUGCUUUUUAAUUUUGUUGUUUUAAACUGGUUGUGAGCAGAAAUAUAUUCAUUAGUAAACAUGUUUCCAUCAAUAUUUUGCCAUAGCAUUUUUAGUGAUAGUGACGUAGAAUUAAAGACUGAACCUUUUUCAUUCAAUCCUAGUAAAUCGGACGAAUGUUGUGAUGAUGAAAUAGCGCCUAUAACUGAACCUAACUUGGUUAUAGAUGAAAAUCUACCGGAUGACAAGAAAUCAAAGCAGCAGGAGUGCAAAAUAUGUGGGAAAAUGCUGUCUUCUGCUUCUAGUUAUUACGUUCAUUUAAAACAACAUUCUGAUAAUAAACCAUAUCGUUGUAAUGUAUGUGAUGCCUCAUUCUGUAGAAAACCAUAUUUAGAAGUACACAUGAGAGUGCAUACUGGUGAAAAGCCAUUUGAAUGUGACACAUGUAAGAAGAGAUUUACCCAAAAAUCAAGCUUGAAUACACACAAACGAAGUCACACUGGCCUUCGCCCAUUCGCGUGCGACGUAUGUCUUAAACGUUUCUCUGUUAAAUCGUAUCUUGUAGCACAUCAGUGGUCUCAUGCUGCAGCUGGAGGUCUCUUAUGUAAUCUUUGUCAUAUGUCUUUUAAUAAUAGAAGCCAAUUUAUGCAACAUAUGAGGUCGCAUAAUAAUAAGUUGUUCACUUGUCCAAACUGUCAAAAAUGUUUCUCAAAAGAGUCAUAUUUAAUAAGGCAUAGAAAUCGGGUGCAUAAGAAUGCUGAAGUUGAAAUUAUCAAGACCGAGUAAGUUAUUGUCUCAUUAGUUACAUAUUUAUUUAUAUUAUACUUUUGUAAGAUAUUAAACGAUAAAAGCAGGAAAUGCACAGAAUCUUUUAUAUAAGUUAUUUAUUGUAAUGAAUCUUUUUUUUAUUUUUUUAUACAGGGUGUUACCAUAGAUUCUUUGGGGAUAAUCAUGGCACUUUUCUUAUACCAUUUUUCUUUUGUAUGCCCCUUUUCCAAGAUACAGUGUCAAAGUUACGAUUUAAAAAAAUAUUUUUUAUCAGUAACUUGCUUACUUGAUUUUCGCAUUGAAAGGGCCUAAGUAUGUAUUCACGGAGAUGAUAGGCAUUGAACAUUUAAUAUCCAGUAUAAAUAUCAAUUUCAAAUUUAUCUAAUUUUUAAAGAUAAAUUACAUUAAAUAAGAUUUUUUUAAGAGCGCCAAGCUCUGAUCAUAAGAUAAACACAAAAGUGGUCAUUAUACAUAUAUCAGAAGUUGGAAAAAUGAAAAAUAUUCAAAAAAGAAACCUUUGAUCUAAAAAACAGUACUUUAAAAUAUCUCAAAAAGUGAUUAAAUUUUAAUUUUAAAAAUGAAUAUUUUUAAUGAAAAAAGUCAUAAUAAAGUCUUAUUAUUUUCCUCCAAAAAACUCAGGUCAACACCCUACCUUGAUCUUCUUUUUUUUUGUAUGUAUCACCGUGUAUAUUUAAAUAUAUGUACUGUGUAUUAAUAAAAUAUGAAAAUAAAAUUAAAUCUUAUCUUUUUUUUGCAUAGCAUUAUCCAAAUAUUAUAUUUUAUAGUUGUUAUGAUUUCAGUUGGAACCGUAUAAAAACACUUAACUCUAUGGAAUCCAUAGGCGUCCAGAAAAAUGUUGCUAUUUGUAAAUUCUCGGGAUAGAUUUCUUAUUAAAUUUAUCUCGAAUCAUGUUUAAAGUAAGAACUUUGUUUUCUUUAUACAUAUAAAUUGU